GGUGGGGAAGGCUGUGCGAUAGGCAGCGGCGCCCAUGAGGCACAAGAGGAGAACAUUCUCACCAGACCAAACCUUAAGAUGGACAGUUACUUUAAAGCAGCAGUUUCUGACUUAGACAAACUACUUGAUGAAUUUGAGCAGAAUGCAGAUGAACUUGAAGACAACAGAGUUGUAAAUCCACGUGAUUCUAAGCGCCGUUUAUUUUCUUCAGAAUUAGAUUAUCAGCAGCAAAGAUUUGUGGAACCAAAUGUUCAAGAGAAUAGUUGUGCUGCUGCUACUACAUCAGAUGGACUCUCAUUAUCAGUUCAGACUACGAAAGUUGCAAGUUUUGAGCAACUGAACUUGGAACAAAAUGAGAAAAAUGUCACUGGGCUAGAUCUUCUGUCUAUGGUGGAUGGUGGUUCUUCAGAAAAAAGCCCGUCUCCUUGCCUGGGGCGAUGCAGUGUACCAGUCUGUGACCUUAUCAGUGAUACAGGUAGCUUGAGCCAUGUAAAAAAUAAUUCUGAGUGCAUUCAGAAGUUGCAGCCAGGUGACUUCCAGAGUAGUAGGAAUUCUCUUAUAGGCUUUGAUUUAGCAUUGGUGCCAGCCACUGCUUGUAAUUUGUCAGUAGAUUGUAGUGCCAAUUCCCAUACAGAGCCACAGACUGAUGGAGAGGAAGUGCUGUGCAGUAUAGAUAAUAAUGCAACAGAAAACCUGAAUCAACAGGUACAGAAAACCAGUGGCUGCACUGAGUCAAAUGUUAUGGACUCCAUUACUCAAGAAAGGACAGAAACUUUGAAUAAUGAAGUAUUCAAUCAGUUACAACAAAUUAUAGCUCUGGAUAGGACCUCGGCUUUAAUAACACAACCUGUUUCGAAUGCGCACAGUUCCAAAGAUGUUGCAAUGUGUGAAACGUUGCCUUGUGAACCAUUAGCAGAUGAAAAUGCAUAUUGUGCAAAAAGUCAAAUGAUACCUAGGGAAAGUGGCAAACAAGACAUUUUGGAUGAUAAAAUUGAAUCAGUCGCCUCUAAUCUGCCAAAGAUCUGUGAUUUGCAUAAGAACAGCUUAGUUUUAUCUGAUGCCUCCGUUCCAACCGAGCAUAUACUAGUUUUAGAUAAAACACUUAGCACUGAGGAAAAACUGUGUGGUCCAGAACAAAAUACCCAUCAAGGUAUCGCUUCAACACCAGAAGUCUCUGAAGAUUUACAGACUUCUUUGUCUUGUCUUCCCCUUGCUGUGUCUAUAUGUGGGUCACUUGUUACAAGUGAAGACAAAAAUGGACAGAAGGCUCAGGAUGACACAGCAGACGUCAUUAGUGACAUAACUAUGCACAUAGAAAAACAUAAGACUGGUCUUCCCAAGUGGGAAUUGCAUGAAAGAAGAGAUGCUUUUGAACAGGAAGAAAAUCUAAGCACAGACAGCCAGUCAGGUCUAGAAAAACCUUUUACAGAGAGGGAGGAGCUGGACAACUGUGCCAGUAAAUCUGAUCUCAAUCAACCAGAUUUUGUUGUUAGUUCUUUAGAUGCAACCCUGCAAGCACACAGCAGCAUCCUGCCUACUGACAUUGAUGAAAGAGCUUCAGUUGAUUUAGGUAUAGAGGAAGACAUUAUUGGAAGUGACAUGCUAGUUAGUGAUGCUGAACUUGAUGCCUUCUUGUCUGAGCAUUCUCUUCAGUCUAGUAGUUUAAAGACACUGAAAGACAAUACUGAUGAUGAACUUCUGGUUGUGGUUCAAGACAUCUUAGUAGAAGCUAACAAACCUAAUAACGAAAGUGAUUGUUUACAAACAGAAACAGAAUUUAAGCAGGUGGAAGAUUCUUCUGCUGAUAAUUGUACAAUAUCUAGUCCUGAGCCUAAAAUGGGAACUCUAGCUGAAAAAAGCACAUUGAUGGUUCAGAAAGAGACAUUGGAUCACGUAAAUGAAACUAGGAUUGGAGUUUCAGAUCGUUUAAAUAACCAACAGAUUGUGCCCAGUAGAGGUGCAAGGCCAAAACAGUUGCUAAACCUUCCACCCAAAGCCAAAAACUGCUCUGAUUUUAGUAGUCCAAAUACACUUAAGACUGAACCCCAGGUAAUGAACUGCACAGUCCCAAAUACCUCUCUCUCAGGUGGGAGAAUUUGUCCGGAUUCAAGUUCCAGUUGUAAUUAUGUUGAUACACAGAACUGCUUGGAAGGCCAAGGGGACAGUGUUGUUACAGUUGCCUCAGAACCUGCUAAAGUAGUGGAACAAGCUGUAGUUCUGGGACAGAAGCAGCCCUCCUGGCUUCCUGAUUCAGAAGCGCCAAACUGCAUGAAUUGCCAAAUCAAAUUCACAUUUACAAAGAGAAGACAUCAUUGUCGUGCAUGUGGGAAAGUUUUUUGUGGUUCCUGCUGCAGUCGAAAGUGCAAACUCCAGUAUAUGGAUAAAGAAGCAAGAGUCUGCAUAAGCUGCUAUGAUUCUAUUAACAAAGCACAGGCAUUUAAAAGGAUGAUGAGUCCAACUGCUUCUAAUCCUAGUUCUGGUGUAUCUGACAAUCGUUCGACUGUUCAACCUUUGCAAGAAGCCCAAGCGUCUGGUGUCUGCCCUAAAGAACAGAGAAGAGUUUGGUUUGCAGAUGGCAUUUUGCCCAAUGGAGAAGUUGCUGACACAACAAAACUGUCAUCUGGAAUCAGAAGGUCCCCACAGGACCUCCAUCCAGUUGAAAUCCCAGCCAAUGACAUUGCCUGUGCAAGUGAGAUUGGACCAAAGGAUGGAAUGCAUGUUACUGGGAGUACAGACACCUUGGGUCAUCCAGCUUCAGAAGAUAUCACAUGUUCCACUGAAGGACAAGCUGAGCAGUUGAAUAAUUCUGACUCUGAGAUUCCUCCUGCUGCCGAAUUCCCGACUGUUGUUGAAGCUUCUGAGCCUCCUGUUCCUCUUGCAGCUAAUGAAACUAAUGAGGUGCCAGUUAGUCCUUUAGAUUAUGGGAUGCUUUGUGAUAUUGAAAAUUGUGUUAGCAAAGAGAUCAGCCUUAUUCCUGAAGAUGAUGGAUUGCCACCUCUUCUACUUACAAAAGGGAGAAAAGGAGAACAAUCCUUAGUGGAAGAACAUCCUUCUCAUAAGCAAAUUGCCUUACUACUUGAAGAAUCUAAUCCAUUGACAUUUAUCCUAAAUGCAAAUCUUCUUGUGAAUGUCAAGAUAGUAUCUUAUGAUUCAGAAAGGUGCUGGUACUUCUCAACCAAUGGGUUGCAUAGCUUGGGGCAAUCAGAAAUUAUUAUAUUAUUACGUUGCUUGCCAAAGGAAGAGGAUGUUCCUAAAGAAAUCUUCAGAUUAUUUAUCAACAUAUAUAAGGAUGCUAUGAAAGGAAAAUUCAUAGGAAACCUGGAAAAUAUUACCUUCACUGAAGGUUUUCUUGACAACAAGGAGCACGGUGGAUUUCUGUUUGUUACGCCAACUUUUCAGAAGCUGGAUGAUCUUGAGUUACCAAAAAAUCCUUUCUUAUGUGGCAUUCUUAUUCAGAAGCAGGAGGUACCUUGGGCAAAAGUUUUUCCAAUUCGCUUGAUGCUGAGAUUGGGAGCAGAAUAUGGGGCAUACCCAACUCCUUUAACAAGUAUCCGGCACAGAAAGCCUCUGUUUGGAGAGAUAGGACACACAGUCAUGAACUUGCUUGUUGAUCUUAGGAAUUAUCAAUAUACCUUGCAUACAAUAGAUAACUUAUUUAUUCAUAUGGAAAUGGGUAGAAGCUGCAUUAAAAUACCUCUGAACAGAUAUAAUGAGGUGAUGAAAGUUAUGAACACUUCUAAUGAACAUGUCAUUAGCAUUGGAGCGAGUUUUAGUUCUGAAGCAGAUUCUCACUUAGUUUGUGUACAAAACAAUGAUGGAGUCUAUCAGACUCAAGCAAACAGUGCGACUGGACAUUCUAGGAAAGUUACAGGGGCAAGCUUUGUCGUGUUCAAUGGAGCCCUAAAAACAUCUUCUGGAUUCCUUGCUAAAUCCAGUAUUGUUGAAGAUGGAUUAAUGGUACAGAUCACUCCAGAGACAAUGGAAGGGUUACGUCAAGCUUUGAAGGAAAAAAAUGACUUUAAAAUUACAUGUGGCAAAGUAGAUUCAGGUGAUCUGAGGGAAUAUGUGGACGUUUGUUGGGUGCAGAAUGAAGAGAAAACAAAUAUGAGAAUUACAAGUCCAAUAGAUGGAAAGUCAAUGGAAGGAGUGCAAAGUGAAAAAAUAGUUCAAGAAAAAGGUUUUGAAAUGGAUGGAAAACUUAUAAAGUGUACUGAAGUGUUCUAUCUCCUAAAGGCUAGUGAACUAUCCAACCAUCCUCCUUACCAAUUUGCUAAAGAAAUUGCAUUGGCUUGCUGUGCUGCUCUUCGCCAUCAUCUCAGAACACUGAAAAAUAAUGGAAUGAACAAGAUAGGUCUUCGAGUCUCCAUGGAUACUGACAUGGUGGAAUACCAGGCAGGCUCUGGAGGCCAGCUUCUGCCUCAGCAUUAUCUCAAUGAUCUGGACAGUGCUUUGAUUCCUGUGAUCCAUGGAGGGACAUCAGAUGCUACAAAACUACCACUGGAAAUUGAAUUAAUAUUUUUUAUUAGUGAAUCUCUCAUAAUAUAAUUGAUAUGUGUAUCAUGCUGUAGUGCACUGCAUUGCUAGCACUGAUCAAUACCAAAGCAGUUACAUUACACUAUGGAUGAAACAUUCAGGUUUUUCUUUUUAAAAGCCAAUGAUUUAGUA